AUGGCGUGGAAUUCAAGCUUCUUAAUCCUUCUGGCCUCUCUGUAUCUCAUGGACUUCUCUACUGCUAAAACUCCAUGCAAGACAAAAGUAAGCGUACCUGGUAUGGCUCUCAAAGGAUUCGUCUUUAAAAAGGUCCCAGUAACAGCUCCUCAUAUGUGCGAUAUCACUUGCGAGAAGGAUACGAUAUGUCAAAGCUACCAUUACAUAAUUGGGGAAAAGUCCUGUGAAUUGAACACCCGAACUAAGGAAGCAAGGCCCGAGAAUUUCCAGCCAGAUGAUUUACGCUUUUACAUGGGACGCGUUGGCGGUAGAAGUACGCAUUCGGUCUAGUUUAUUUUAUAUACAAGUAUUUCUCCGUGAGUUCUUAGUAAAAACCUGCCACUUUCCGAGAGCAAGUGUCUGAUUGCUUUGUUAUUAAAUAGAGCCACUGUCUUAAAGCAAAAUUCGCCCUUCGUACUGCAUUAAUAUCAGCCAAACUUCACAGCUCUUAAUCUUUAUUAUUCCAUGUUUAUCUUGCUCGGACAAAUAUAUAUUCAACUCUAGUCCGUUUUGCAACUUCUUAGUAUUGCCCUUAAACUAUUGAUGAAGUCAUGUCUAUAUCGUAGCCCCCUUAGGAUCUAUUCCUGAAUUACCGGCGUUAUCGUGCCAAGAGAUAAAAUUAAGUGAAGGUGAAGACAGCAUCAGUAAAAAGUAUUGGUUGGAUCCAACUAAUGUCGGGAGUUCAAAGUUGGUUUAUUGCGACAUGAAAUUGGGAGGUAAGUCAGCAUAUCAAGAACAGAAUUACUUUACACAGUGUUUGGUCUACCUUUACACUUCCCUUUUGUCGAAUUUUUUCACCUUGUCUCAAUUUUUUCUUUCGAUUAAUUUUCAAUCAGACAUCGAUGAAUGCAAAGGCAUCAAUAACGUUUGUGACAAAAAUGCAAACUGCUCCAAUACUGUUGGAUUUUAUAAUUGCACUUGCAAAGAAGGAUUUACUGGGGAUGGACACUCGUGCUCAGGUAAAAUAGUUACAGACAUGCCGAGUUACAAUAUUUAAUAUUUUUUCGCCUAAAAACACUGGAGGUACAUUUGAGCUAUCUACAGUCGAGUGAGUGGAUAAUAGACCAAUAAUAGCUUGCAUGCUAUAUCAGUGAAGCCCUAGCAUUAAACAAAGCAAUUUUAGAAGGAACUGUUGUCCUAUCAGUGUUAAUUUUUGCUUUUUAAGCAGCAUUACUCAUACAUGUUUAUGCACAGAGUUGCCAUGAUCUUCAUCCGGUUUGUUCGAGAGCCAUCAUGUUAGGAGAUGAAAAGAAAAAACAUUCUUUGUGACAAGAAAAUACAAUUGGUGGUGAAAUAUACUUUUCAAAAAUCUAAUUCGUGAAAGACAGAAGAAAGAAAUUUUUUUCUUAUUAUUUAAAACGAUUAAAGUAAUUACAAAUUGUUAGUUAACAAAAAUGCUAAAAUGCAAAUCUACGGUUUCUCAGAUAUUGACGAGUGUAGAGGAAAUCACUCCUGUUACAAGAAUGCUGAAUGCAAAAACACCCUUGGAUCACAUGUAUGUGAAUGUCUCGCUGGAUAUACUGGAAAUGGGCAAAACUGCACAGGUGAGUUUAAUCUAUUCGCUUCAACAUUUAGACACUUUCGACUACAGCAGUACCAUUCACUCAUAACUCGUUUUAAUUCAAGCAGCCGUUUCUCGUGUUAAGGACCUCUUAGGUAACGUUCCUGGCUUUUGAAUGAACAAUUUUGGUGACUGAUGCAUUGUUAUUCUGCUUUUAAAUAGACCCUGUAAAAGUGGUCGACAAAAGCAUGAAAAUAAUAUCGCUCGUUUGGCUCUGAACCCUGUCUACAGAUUGGAUAUAUAAGUGCUUUUCCAAGGCGUUCCGUUUUCGUUUACGCGUAAGAGGUUGAAAACUGCUAAUAAAAUAAUCAAGAUACUUCGAGCGCUCUGAUUGGUCAAAAAAAUAUCGUUGCUUGCACCGGUAAACCCAUAGAAAAUUGAAGUUUAUGUUGUUGACGAAUGCAGCCAGGCUCAUGCCUUGAUUUACUUCAUUAAAAUGAACGAAUGUCAUCCGAAUGGAUCUUGCGCUAAUACCAGGGCUUUUAUUAAAGUAACAGACUGCAUUUUCUAACGGUUUACCAGCGUAGUAAACGUCUCCAGAUGUUGGAAAACCAUUCGAAAAAAAAAAGUAAAUCAAUCACCUCCAGCUCGGAAGUACAAACUUUUCUGUUGUUCUCACAACAUACCGCGUGAUCUAUCUCCCUAGUAAACUGAUAGAAAGAGCGAUGACGAAGGGGGUAAGGUUCUAAAGAAACUGUGAUGCUGCAUCGGUGGGAUAGUAUAACAGGGUAUCUAAGUAUUAUUAACCUAGUUGAUGACGUAAAUUGGCCAUCGUAUAGAGUUUUAAAGCUUACGCUCGAAACGUCAGCUUCAUAACUCUUUAUAGCGGCCAAUUUACAUUAUCAACUCAGUUAAUAAAACCAAAUUAUCUCACUAACCAGAUUCAUGACGAAUGCGAAAAUGAUAACAAAAAAAGCAAAAACAAAAACAAAAAGAUCUAAAAAGAAAUGGUUAGGCUGAGUUCUGAAGGGAUUGCACAUUUUUCUCUGACCUUAUCUGACCCUUUUCGUGGAACCGUAAAAAACCUUUAAGAUUCUCUAACCUUCGAGAAUUACCUUAUCACAAUAACAGCUAUGGUCAUUCCAACUUAUUUGACUUAUGCAAGCCAAUUUGCUUCAUGAUUAUAAAUAAUUGGAUGAUGCUAAUAUUUAUUACGUUAUUACGCAGUUAUUACGCAGUCCUGGGAAAUGAUUGUGUUACUACCGAAUACCUUUGGGCUGGUUUCAUUGUGUGGGAGCUGAGGAUCAAAAAUGUCCUAAACGCAUUUGGUAGCAUCCACUAGUUGAGAUAUAUAUACCAACAACUCAGGCUUUAGUUGAUGGGCGAUUAUAGCAAGGGGAAACAUAACUCUUUAUAAUGCUAUCAUUUGAUUUUAGUUCCUAUGAGCAUCAUCAUUGUCCGACACAAAUUCUUCUUAAAAAAAUUUUUUAAUGCAUAGUUGUUCUUGUAAAACACAAGUCACUGAUUUUAAAUGUCAACAAAAACAUUUUAUCUUUGAUACUACAAUCUUUUCUUAAUGUUAUUUAAUUUAGUAGCCGACCCAUGUUGUAAUUAUCAAAACCUGAGUGAUGCCAAUAGAAAGAGCAGUUACACUAUACCGCCAUCUGGAACAGUGUUUUGUGACGACUUACCCCUCGAGGGAUGAUAUCGUUUUGUGGGAGCUGCACGAACAAGCCAGUUGUUUCAGAGCCGAUAGCUUGAUAAAUUCAAAAAUUUGUGGUGAAAUAUACGUUUCAAACAUUUAAUUUGUGAAACACAAAAAAGAGGAAAAUUUGUUUUAUUAUUUAUAAUUAUCAAAGUAAUACUGACAUGACUGAGAGUCCACCUAUUUUUAAAGUGACAGAAAUGAUAAAGUGCAAAUAUUUAUAUGGUUUCUCAGAUAUUGACGAAUGUAAAGGAAUUCACUCUUGUCACGUGAAUGCUAUCUGCACGAACACCAAAGGAUCCUUUGUUUGUGAAUGCCAGCCUGAAUUUAAUGGAAAUGGUCAAAACUGCAAAGGUGAAUUUAAUCUAUUUGCUAUAAUAUUUAGAAUAUUCCUGCUCGAAUCUAACCUCAAGCUGCUGAGGUGGCCACUGUCGGCCAUAUUAUUAUUUUUUCAUAUGUAAACGGUACUGGUUGCACCUUAAGUCUACCAAGAGCUGUCUUUUAAGGCGCUGCUGAGAAAGAAGGAGCUCAGAUUCGGAUCCUGCUGAAUUCAUUUGGAUUUUUAAUAUCACUGAGCCUCUUCGAGUGAUGGUAUCCUACACAUGAUCCCAUGUACUACUUGACCCCUUAAUUAAUGCAUAGUCAUUUUUCUUGUUAAAUACAAGUUUCACCUCUGAUUGGCAAGCUGCCAGAAUUAUAAGACAUUAGAAAAAAUCUUGAACCAUUGAUUUUAAUACCCGAAGUCCUUCUGCAUUUUCAUUUUACUUUGUAGCCGAUCCUUGCUAUGAUUAUAAAGACCUGAGUGAUGCCAAUAGAAAGAUAAGUUACUUAACAAGUCACGGUUCAGAAUUGUGCGACAACCAACUCCCUGAGGGAUGGUAUCGUUUUGUGGGAGCUGCAGGAACCAAAAUGCCAACAACACGUGUGCCAGCAAACAGAUGUGGUACACAAUGGCCAGGCUGGUUGGAUGGUGCUCAUCCUGCAGUGGAAGAUGGUGAAGUUUUCAGGAAAAUCUGCUUUACCGAUCGUUCGUCUGGUUGUAAAGCCACGAAGACUAUUUCUGUGAAAAACUGUGGAUCCUACUUCAUCUACAAACUUCAACAGCCAAGUUAUUGUAACUAUCGCUACUGUGGUACAGACUGAAUAUGAAGCAAACAUACUUUGCGUAGCAAGAGAACUCUAACCGCUUUUACCAUGUGACAUAGUUAACCUUUCUUUUCUAUCGUAAACAUUAUCAGCAGAUUUUAAUCUGUGACAAACAGGUAUUGAUUUCACCAUAGUGAUAAUUCUCAUUAGUUAGCCUCUGUCAUCGCAGAGAAACGCAAACUCUCAAACUUAUGGUUUUCGAGCCUUUUGUUUAUGUAUUAAUUUUUGUUUUUUUUUUCAUCCUUCUAUUGCUUUAACUAUUAACCAUGGUUAUUUUAGCGUAGGUCAGUGGAAUGACCAGUAGGCGCCAUCUUACGUUAUAGGCGUAGAAAAAAAAGUGACAAUAAUCACGAAUUUUCAGACGCACAGUAAGCAAACUUCAAUGGUUUAGCCUGUCGUAACCGUGUGUCAAAUGUGACCGAAUCGACCAGGAUGCAUUCGAAAUGGAUCGCUUACAUCUCAGACUGAUAUGAAUCUAAGCUAAAGAUCUUUACACAAUGGCUUCAAAGUGUUCCUAUAGAGCUUACUUAACUAAGCGCGCGGGCAGUUCAUUUAUUCAAGAUGAAAUUUGUUAAAAUAAUUUUCGCAACAAUUUGUUUAGGUAAUCAGGCAUUUCGAGUGCAAUUUGGAAGAAAUCAGCACGAGUAAGUUUUCAAAGGCUAACCAGAUUUUAUGAACCCGUAGGGCGAGUGCAACUUGCAUAUAUAAUAUUAAGUUUAAAAACUGCAGGUAGCUUUUUAAAAGUUAACUUGUUUUUCAAACAUAAACACGCAAAAAGAACAGUAUUUAGAGCUGUGAUGCGUUUAAAACAAGUACUUGGAGUAGCAUAGGUAAACACAAGUUGUAAACAACUUUGUACACCGGUUGAGUACAUUACCAACAACUUUUCACAGGAAUGUUAGAUUUAAAAUCAAAAUCACAGUUUCUCACUGUGAAAUUUUCCUUUUUUUAUGAUGCAAAAAUAUUCAAAGAAUCCUAUGAAAAAUAAUAAGCGCGGGAAAGAAACCCAUCCCCCCCACCCCCAAAGCCUGAUAUUUCAAUAUUCUAAUACUAGUCUUCGAGAAAUCAGAUGUGCAUUUAAUUUGUACUUGUAGUUAUAGUGUAUUUAAUACUUUGGAAUUUAAUUUUUACGGUUUUUAGAUUAUUGUAAAGCGGCGUGGACAAUUAAGGGAAGAUGGCGCUAUAUAAAUGUUUUUCAUUUCAUUUGUCUCUAAUUUACAAGAAGAGACCUGAACACAAAGCAAAUGGGGCAAAGCAGGGCGAGUUUAUUAACAACGUAUCAAAAUAUAGAAAAACUGUUGUUGAUCUUUUCAAAGGGAAGUGAUAUGAGCUGGGUCACUUUGUGGCUCAGCUUCUUGAGUGGUGUAAAUAGACAGACAUCGUGUAUGUUAUCUCAUUAUUUAACAAAAACUAUGUAUCUCUUUGUAAAUAUAUUUACCUUACACGGAUUAUUUUCAGCUGACUUUCAAAACACGAACACGACAGUAAAUGUUAAGGGCAGUGUAAUCCACGGGCCAGAGUAGGUUCUCGACACCACUCAUCUGAUGAAAGGUUAUGUAAAAGACUCUUCAAAUUCACUUGAUAGCACUCGCGAAGAGUAGCUUUCACAAUUUUUGUAAUGGAAUUAAUAUAGAUAACCAGGGAAUAAUAACAAAAACAACAAGGAAAUAGUCCAGAAAAUGCAUGAAACCAGAACCUAGUGAAGUAAAAACAGAGCAAUCAAUCAAAACUGGUUGUAACUUAACAUCACAACGAUACAGUAACAAAUGGAGAGAGUUGAUUAAAAAGAUUGUAACGUAAGUAACAGAAAAACGAAAAUAAGGUCAAUCUUUUGUACAGUUAACUAAAUUAAUUUACUUUUUAUAAUUAACUUAUACUGAACAUCUCUCUUCAUUAAAUUGCAAGUAAUUUUCACAAGUAUCGUUAGAAUUCAAUUGUUAAUUAUCUUUAAGUAAAUAGGAAUAAAAGAAAACCUUGCAAAAAGGCAUUUUUUUUCAUUUUUUGCCUUUGUUAGUGCUAAGGGAUGUACAUUCAUUUGCUACCCAUGGCUGGAUUGCAUUAUUUAUCCUGUCGACGUCAUUUGUUUGGCCAAAGGAAGAGAAUAACGUUUUCGUACACCACGAAUGUGGGUGCACAUGCUGGCGUUACUCUGAAAAAAAAAACAACAACAACAAUGAAACAAACAAUAUACAGUAAAAUCAACAAUAAAUGUGUUAGUGAAAAAAGGUAAAAAACGUUCUCUGGUUAAAAAGGUUUUAAAAUAUGAGCUUUCGGCUAUUAUACUAUAGCCUUUAACGAAUGUAAAAAAUAUAAGCGCGUGAAUAGAAAUAUAUACAGGGGAGGGUGUGAAAAAAAUUAAAAACUAAAAAUACAAUAGAAGUGUGAAAAGCUCAAAAAUGGACAAUAGAACAAAAUCAAAUUACAAUAAGAUAGAAUAUUGUUUUGGUAACGGUUUAGAGUUGUUGUCUGCGCCGACAGUUUUUGCGGUAUGCCAAGAUUCUAGUGUUUUUCGAACGCGGUAAUUGCCUUUGUCUAUCACGGUAGCGCCCUCAAAGUCAAUCGCGUGAUUGUUUUCCCACGCAAUGAAUGUGUUUUCACCGCACACCGCGCACUUUUUCUUUGAUACGUUAGAGGUGAAUUGCCAAUCAGGUGACAUUUUAUGACCAGAGAUUUUCUUAAGCUUUACUUCGAGGCCUAUUGGUGAAAUGAGAGUAACUUUGUUGUAUGCUAAGAAGUCAUUACCGUCUAUCAAAUUAACACACCUGAUAUCUCCAUAAAUGUUAAGGAGAAGAAAAAUAAAGAGACUCUUACUCAUAGGUAACCUGGCCUAAACCACUAAAAGUUGGACUUAUCAUUCUUAUUAGCAAAUAGAUGGACCGUAAUCGUUGGAAAGUAAGUCAACGUGAUAACUUGAAACUUUUCCCAACAUAAUCUCAAAAAUAACGCAACGGAAUCGAUUUCUCGCCAAACAUAAAAAUGAUCUAUUUGUUGAAAAUUAAUCAGCGCACUAGAACGAAUAUGGAAAGGCUAUCGGGUAUCAAAUGAAUUAAAAUCUGAUAAUAUCUCGAACCGCGAACAGGACCCUGAGAGUGACGCUAAAUGAGUACGCUUCAAACUUCGAGUCUCUCAACGGCAAGCACCAUGUCCCAGACACUUUUUUCGAAAUAGUUUCACAAUUCUUUUAUUCCUUUUUUUUUUCAUUUCUAUAGUUCUCAGCGGUAGAAACAAAAAACAGGAAUAUAAGCGCCAAAGUUGUAAACCAAAGCGGCACCUGUACAUGGUCUAAAAUUAAGAUUAAAAUAGAAAAUUCUUUAGGACUAAUGGUUAUUAGGAUCACACAAUUCUAAGCGAGUCUCUAUUAGUAUAAAAGUUUUGCAUUCAAAUGAUGGUCAUAAAUACCUUUUAGGACCUGUCUCUCAUUUUAAGCAAAUUAUACGACACCAUAUCAUAUUGUGGUGACGAAGGGGUUGCAAAUUUGGAGUUUUUUUUUGUUUUUUUUUUUAAGAGUUAUUGCGGCUCAUAAACCCAAGAUUAAACUGAAGCGUCUUUCUACUUGUUAUGACAUUUUCAAAUUUAUUCAAAGCUCCCAAGAUAAGAAAGAGUACCAUGAAUUAAGAGAAUUACUCAGGAUUGACAGGUUGUCUUUCCAUAUUUGGAAAGUCAAAUAUUGCUAACACCUUCUAACACUUUGCAAUGCAACUUCUAAACGCAGGCAGCCGUGGCGGAUUGUAGAAUCUAUAGAAAGGAAGGAGAAAAGGAAAAUGAAGUUAAUGAAUGAAUGAAGUUACAGCACUUUUGCCAUUUUUUUUAUCAAAACUAUGAUCGCUUUAAAAUCAUAGUUUUCCAAAGUUGUCAUGAUGUUCAAAGCCGUUCUUAAUUUGGAUGAUAUCGCAAACAGGCAUUUACCUUCCAAAAUAAAAAAGAGAAACAAAAGGAAUUUAACUAAAGACGUUCAGGGGUUCUUUUUAUUAAUAUUUUAAGAAUACAGGACGCCUUUUUGGCGCUAGUAAAGCAUGCGUUGUGAGGGGCAAAACAGUGUGAUUCCAUUUUGCCAUUCGAAGUGUGUGCGAUUGAUUUCAUCAUAUAAAGAUUCCUUUAAGGUUGUUUUUAUCUUAAGGCUGAUGAAUAUUCUAUGAAAAUCAUCUGUUUUAUUUUACCCCAAGUUACACUUUAGACACUCAUACAACUUUAAAAAGUUGCAAAGUACAUUUUUUUAAUAGAUUCUGAUUUUUUUAGGACAAAAAAACAGCGCAUUUACGGCAUCGCUUUUAGAGGGUUGAUCAACGACAAACAGGAACCGGAAAUGAAUUAUUAAUAGCAUGAUAAAUAUGGAAUAUUGUUACAGUAACUAUAGUUACAAGAAACAAGCACCGAUGACAGCAUCGCCUUUAAAGGGUUGAUCAACGACAAACAGGAGCAAGAAAUAAAUUAUUAAGAGCAUGAUAGAUAGUGGCUAUUGUAACAGCGCUAGCAACUACUGUUAUAAGUGCCAAUGACAGCAUUGUUUUUGAAGGGUUUUUUAUUCCUCGCUAAAAACUCUGGAGGAAGCGUGCUACAUGCUAAAAAAGGUAAACCAGUUUUUUUUCUUGAAGCUAAAUUAUUUUUUCCUUAAUUAGCUAAUGGAUGAGUUUCUUUGGUUAGGCAAUGGAUAAUGGAAAACCGAGAGGGAUUUGUUAUCAAAAUACUCCUAAGAACUCAUUUUAAAGUAUAGCUUUCGUAGGUCUUUAAUCAAAAUUUACCGAAAUCUACUUAGUGCCUAAAAGCUAAUAAUUUGUACCGAUUAAAUUUUACUUUGAAAUUAAUGAAACAGGUUUUUUCGCCGUUGGUUUACAAACAUCGUAGACAGAAUUAACAAUUAUAUUACUCAAAUUCCCGCCCGAAUUUUGUUGAAUUCAUUGCACGCGAGGAACCAAAACAGAAACGAUGAAGUUGAAAGAGAGCAUGUUUAACUCGUUGACAAUCAGCUGCAGAUGUUUCAGGAUCGCGUUUCUUAUAUUCAUCAGCCCUAGAGUUUCGUAGAAUAAGUUUGGCUUCAAUCCCAAAAUAGGGUUUGGUAAAUUUUUGACGGCAAACUAAUUACGGCUGCUUUGUAAGACCAGACCAUCAAUUUUAGGAUUUAGUUUCCCUAAUUCAAUGUGUUUCCAAACUGAGCCUUUUCAUGAAUAUUUCUAUAUCUAAUUUCUAAUUUCUAAUAUUUUAGACUUUCACUUUUGAUUAAUGGACUGUUUUUUUUAGAUAAAGGAGAAGAAACAUACAUUAAGAGAUAAUUGUUUGGCAAAAAAUAUAUAUGAACCGCAGCUGCUUGAAAUUUUACUUAGCCAAUUUGGUAAGGCUAUCUACGUGAGUUAACAACACUAGAUAGGAACAUCAAAGCUAUCAUUCCACAAAAGCUGAGAGAAGCCAAAAGACCUCAGAUACUCUGAUACAACUUUGAAGUUGUACUUAACAUUGUCUCUUGACAUUCCAAUUAGCAUACUGUCCGUUUUUAGAGGGUUUUUAUUCCUCGCUAAAAACUCUGGAGGAAGCGCGUUACAUGCUAAAAAACGUGAGCCAGUUUUCUUUGACGCUAGCAAAUUAAAAAUCUGAGAAUGAGACAUUUCAUUUUUAAAUGAUUAUUUCGAUAUAGUAUGAUAAUUAUUCCUUUCUAAGAAAAAAGAAUAGAAAAGAAAAACAUUUUCCGAAAAAACUAGGAUGAGAUGAUCUCCCUCUUCUUGCAGCUAUGCAAUGGGAUAAGAUGUUGGGAUGAUUGUAAUAUCUCUAAUUCUCUAAUUAACAGAGAAAGGAUCUUUCAAAUCGACGGAUUCACGACGUGAGCUUUUUACUACUUUUUUCAAGUAAUUUCUUCAAAGAGAAUAUGUUAAUUGAUGAUGAGCGCUGUCUUUAUCAAAUCUCCAAUUUUAAGUUUGCAAUGCAGUAGACGUAAGUCGGGUGUUGCUGCUCGACACAAAACCUUUAAAUGUUUAAAUCUUGGGCAGAGAAUGAGAAACGUUUAGUUUUUCUUACUUUUUAUCGACUUUCUACGACUUUUUGUGACUUACUGUCUGACGCAAGGUUUUAGAACACUUUGUUUCUUUAGUGUUGAGCAGGAGAGAAUUCUUCAAUGUGUCAGCUUUUAAUUUAGUUUAAUCAUUGCGCGAAAGCAUCACAUUCGACAUUCAUGUGUUAGCAAUGUGCAUGAAGUUUGUCACCACGCACAUAGCCUAACGGCCUAGCCUGCCACGAGUUGGCAGAAUUUCCGAAGUACUAAUCAGAGAGCCAUAAAUUCGAUUCCUAUUGCGAGCACUCUGAUGGAGUUCUUUUUCUUCUAGUAUACCUAUGUUAUUCAAUCAAAAUAUCAUAUUUUAGAAAACUUCGAUGUUUCCAUAAGCGCUCCAUUUUGUAUACCGUAUGUACACGGAUGAUUCCUAAACAUCACCAUAGAUCGUCAUCCAUAGAAGGUGUGCUUAUUUAGUUUAAGAAUGAUGAUGGUUGAGCUUACAAACUCUAUUUUUUCUCAAGAUUUUGAGGUUUUUUUGCGCUAUGAUGCUAAUCAAAUGACCAAAAAAUUGUGCCAUUCGUGCGGGAAUUUGCUUUAAUAUGUGUAAAGCGUGGGGAUAAACUUGUUUAAAACCUAUGGCCUUUGCAAUUGUAUCGAAUUGAUUUGCUUUUCUAGGUAGAAUGGCGAAAUAACGAGUAGCAUCAUUAAAAAGUGGACUCUUGCCACGGAAACAGUUGGGCGGGGAAAAUAUAAAAAGAGGCCUUCAAUUAUUUUUAAUUAAAUCUUAUAAGUUAUACUUUUCUUAUUGCUAAGAUACAGUCGAUUCAGAAUUGAUUUCUACUUUGCUUCAUGUUUGUUUGUCUGUCUGUCUAUCUGUUGUCAUAAUUUUUUUUGUCUACUGGUUUGGCUAAGUAAUCUACACUUUCCAAUUUCAGCAUCAGCGGGAAUGGCGAGGAAUUCAAGCUUCUUAAUCUUCCUAGCCUCUUUGUAUCUCAUGGACUUCUCUACUGCUAAAAAUACAUGCACGACAGAAGUUAACGUACCUGGUAUGGCCCUCAAAGGAUUCGUCUUUAAGAAGGUCCCAGUAACAGCUCCUCAUGUGUGCGAUAUCACCUGCGAGAGAGAAACGAUAUGUCAAAGCUACAAUUAUGUAAUUGGGGAAAAGUCCUGUGAAUUGAACAUCCGAACUAAGGAAGCAAGGCCCGAGAAUUUCCAGCCAGAUGGUUUACGCUUUUACAUGGGACGCCUCAGUGGUAGAGGUACGUAUCCGGUCUAGUUUAUUUUACAUACAAAUCUUUUUCAGUGAAUUCUUAGUAAAGACCCAUCACUUUCCGAGAGCAAGUGUCUGAUUGCUUUGUUAUUAAAUAGGACCACUGUCUUAAAGCAAAAUUCACCCUCCAUUCUAUAUUAAUAGCAGACAAAUAUAUAUUCAUCUCUAAUCUGUAUUGCAACUUCUAUUACCCUCAAACCAUUAAUGAAGUCAUGUCUAUAUCGUAGCCCCCUUAGGAUCUAUUCCUGAAUUACCAGCGUUAUCGUGCCAAGAGAUAAAACUAAGUGAAGGAAAAAACAGCAUCAGUAAAAAGUACUGGUUGGAUCCAACUAAUAUCGGGAGUUCAAAGUUGGUUUAUUGCGACAUGAACUUGGGAGGUAAGUCAGUAUACCAAGAACAGAAUUACUUUACACAGUGUUUGGUCUACCUUUACCCGCUCCUUUCGUGAAAUGUUUUCCGCACCUUGUCUUAAUGUUUUCUUUCGAUCAAUUUCCAAUUAGACAUCGAUGAAUGUAAAAGCAGCAACGAUGUCUGUGACAAGAAUGCAAACUACUCCAAUACUGUUGGGUUUUAUAAUUGCACCUGUAAAGAAGGAUUUACUGGGGAUGGACACUCAUGCUCAGGUAGAAAAUUAUCGUGACGCUAUGGUAAAAUAUUAUAUAAUAAGCUCAGUUAUGCACGCAUUCUGAUUGGUUCUCACUUAUGAUCUAUUGGAGGACAGACGUAUAGAUGACGUCAUCACAUUUUGACGUCCUCUGUGAUCUAUUACUGAACAGACGCACGGCAACUUGGAAUCUAUUUGUUAAUUCGAUUCUCAUGCGUAAAUCAUUCAAGGAAUCUUUGCUAGCAUUGACUUCUUUUGAUUACUUUCCAAUCAGAUAUAGAUGAAUGCAAAGGCAGCAAUACUGUGUGUGACGUAAAUGCGAAUUGUACCAACACUGAAGGUUCUCACAACUGCACCUGUAAUGAAGGAUACAUUGGCGAUGGUAAAUCAUGCCAAGGUAUGAAAUAGUAGCUUGGGCAUCCAACAAAUGAUACAAAAUAAUCAAAAGAAUUUUCCCAAUUGAAUAAUUUGUAAUUAAUUUGAUUUGAACCUUCAUUGACUUUUCAUACGCGUGAACUCCUUACUGAUUAAUCCAACGAAGUAAUGUUUGCUUCAGUCGAGGAGUGCCAAAGUUACUCAAGUCUGACCAGUGUCGACCGUAAAUCCACAAUCCCCAAAGCCGGGUCUGCUUUGUGCGAUAACUCACUCCCCCAUGGCUGGUAUCGUUUCCAAGGAGCUGCAGGAACAAAAAUGCCAACCACUUGUCCACCAACUCAUAGGUGUACAGCUGAUAUCUCAAGCUGGUUAAAUGGAGUUCAUCCCACAGUGGCUGAGGGUCAAGUUAACAGGCAGGUCUGCUUUCACUGGUCUUCAAACUGUUGUAGAUGGUCCACCUACAUCCAAGUGAGAAACUGUGGCUCUUAUUACGUAUAUUACUUCUCUGGAGUACCAACAUGUAAUACCCGUUACUGUAGUACGGAAUAG